UCACUCUCGUGAGUUCAGACCUCGCGACUCUUACUCUGAAAACAACUUCCCGAAAGCAGUUUCCGGUCACUAAGUGUGAACCGCACAGGUGGACAACAUGGCGGCUCCUGUCCUGGCACUCAAACACACGUUGACGCGCUAUUGUCCGGUUGUCUUCACGUCGCUCUCGCGGAGGACUCUCCCGGGGACACGUCCCGCCGCCGCCCGCCGGAUGUCGUUAGCAGGAGAAACCCUUCGACCACUGGAGGGCGUCAGAGUGUUAGAUCUGACCAGAGUUCUGGCCGGGCCGUUUGCCACUAUGAUCCUCGCUGACCUGGGAGCUGAGGUGAUCAAAGUGGAGCGACCAGGAGCAGGUGAUGACACCAGAGUGUGGGGUCCUCCUUUCAUCGGCUCAGAGAGCGUUUAUUUCCUCAGCAUCAACAGGAACAAGAAAAGUAUCGCUGUCGACCUGAAACAUCCGAGAGGAGUGAAGAUCAUCAAGGAGCUGGCAGCAGUGUGUGACGUGUUGGUAGAAAACUUCAUCCCGGGGAAACUGAGUCAGAUGAGUUUAGGAUAUGAACAACUGAGCAGAGUGAACCCUUGCCUCAUCUACUGCUCUAUAUCAGGUUAUGGACAGACAGGUCCUCAGUGUCAGAGUCCAGGUUACGACUCCAUCGCCUCUGCUGUGUCAGGGAUGAUGCACAUCACAGGACCAGAGGGUGGCGAGCCGGUGCGUCCCGGCGUGGCGAUGACGGACCUGGCGACGGGUCUGUAUGCACACGGAGCCGUCAUGGCCGCUCUGCUGCACAGACACAGGACAGGGGGCGGAGUCCACAUCGACUGUAACCUGCUGUCGUCACAGGUUUCCUGUCUUAGCCACAUAGCCGCUAACUUCCUGAAUGCAGGGAAUGAGGCAAAACGUUGGGGGACGGCUCAUGAGAGCAUCGUACCUUACCAGGGUUUUAGGACCAGAGAUGGACACGUGGUCGUCGCAGCAGGAAACGACAAACAGUUCAUCAAAGUGUGUGAGGUGUUACAGCUGACUGAGCUCACACAGCAGCCGCACUACAAGACCAACAAGCUGAGAGUCCACAACCGUCAACAGCUGAUACACACACUGUCCCAGAGGUUCCUUCAGGAGACGACAGCUGAUUGGCUGAGGAGGUUUGAAGGAUCAGGUGUUCCUGUUGGACCAAUCAACAGCAUCCAGGAAGUGUUCUCUGAUCCUCAGUCCAGUGUUAACAUGGUCACCACAGACUCACUCAGACCAGAUCCAUCAUGUGACCUCCACCUGCCAUGCACAGGUGGGUCCAGUUUAGACCAGUUUCAGACCAGUUUAUACUGGCUUUAGACCAGUUUAAACCAGUUUCAGAAUGUUUUAGACCAGUUUAGAGCAGUUUUAGAGUGGUUUAGAGCGGUUUAGAUCAGUUUUAGACCAGUUUAGAGCAGUUUUAGAGUGGUUUAGAGCAGUUAAAACCAAUUAAAACCAGUUUUAGUCCAGUUUAGACCAGUUUUAAGCAUCACUCAAGACCAGUUUUAAAGCGGUUUUAGACCAGUUGAGAGCAGUUUAGACCCGUAUUAGACUGGUGUUGGAGCAUUUUAGAUCGGUUUAGAUCAGUGAAGUGUGUGUUCAUCACAACUGACGAACGUUGUGACAGAGGAACUUUCAGGUUUUAGGACAGGUUGUUUUAUCUUUGUGUGUGUGUGUGUGUGUGAGAGAUGACCAUAUGGAUGUAAUGAUAUCCUGCAAAACAAGCAGAUAGAUUUAGACAAAUACACACACACGUAUGUAAUCAUACACUCUCUCUCCACUUCCUGUUCUCAGACACAAACGUGGAGAUCAGUUCACACUGACCACCUAAGCCUUGUGUGUGUGUGUGUGUAAUAGAUGUAACAGUGUUCCUUCAUUCGUCUCUGAUGUUUAAAUGAAAGCCAUCGAUCAGAGUUUUGACUCUUCCCGUCUGCAGAUGUG